AAUAUUAUUUUUGCUUCCAGUAUACUUAUUUUAAAUGUGAGUAUAUAGCAUAAUACUGAAAUUAUGACAAAUAGUUUAUAUAUAGAUAUGAAAAAUAUUAAGUGCGGACUUAUGUAAAUUUGGGAGGAAGAUGGCGGACUGUUGAUUUUCAGUUUUAGAUUCGUAAUGGAAGGAAGUAAAUUAUAAUGCUUUUAAAGGGUUGUCUAGUGUAAUGAGUGAAAAGUCGAGUGGGGUGAAGGGUAAGCCACCAGACAAAAAGGAUAUGGUGGCUUCAGAAAGUAGUCAAAUUGCAACUAAAGAGAAAACAACUGCUAGCAACUCAAACGAAAAUGCAACUUUGGAAAACCAAAAAGUCGAGCCAAAAGUUUCAGAUAAGGCGAAAGAGUCGCGUAGAGUCAUUGACACCAAAUCUUCGAUGAAAGUAAAUGGCAUCAAAUCUGGUGGAACAAGACCCAGAAGGGACGAAGAGCGAAGAUACUACCCUCCUCCAAAAUCUUCAGGCAGGGGUCGAUAUGAAUCGAAAGUUGGAUCAUAUCACGGGUCUACGUCAGCAUCCUCGCCGCGGUCGGAUUCGAAACGUACGGGUGACUCAUCUCGCUAUUUUUCCGAUGAAUCCCGUCUAUCUAAGUACAUCCGUCGUGUGGUCAGAGAAGGUGACAGGGAAAGACGACUUACAGCAGCCAAGCAGUUUAAGGAUUAUCUACGGACUGGAGAGGGAUCAAAGGCUGCUGCAAAGAUUGCUGAUGACAUUUUAGCUGCAUUGCAAGAUAUUUUUUAUGAGAGAACAUCUCGAGAGCUUAAGCUGGAGAUUGCUGCCUGUGUUGGGAUUGUUGGAGGGAGUAUGGGGCACGAUGCACAAAGAUAUUUCCAUUGGCUCUUUGAUCAGACAAACAACGUGAUUGAGGAUGAUAUCAAGUCCCUGUUUCUGGACUCCUUACUAGAGGCCUUGAAGUAUGAUGAGAAGAAGCAGGCUGUUGGAAGUUUGAUGCCGAUGGUGAUGACCAAUGUCCAGACGUUACUGGAGAAUGCGGACACCCCUGAGUUGCUGAUAUCGGUCAUCAAUGUCAUCCUUCAUAUAGCCAAGCAUUACCAGCAUGUGUUUGAUUCUCACUUCAGGGACACAGUUGACAUCCUGGUGGGAUGGCACAUAGACUCCACACAGAAGGACACACUGAUAAACUUCACGUCGUCUGCCCUGAUAGAAUUCCACACAUUCUGGGUAAUGGAUCUGUCCUUUUCCAUCACACUACUAGGGCAGUUCUUGGAAGACAUGGAGGCGUAUGCUGAGGACUUGACGUACAGCGGGUCAGACCACGCCUACGAGGAGGACUGUGUGUGUAAGAUCUCAGCCCUCCUCAAAGUGUUCACAACAGUUGUGAAGAGCCUAGGGGACAGCCUACACCCAGGGAACAGUAGUCAGAUCACACGGGAGUAUAUUGUAGAGGUUCUGGACAGAAUUGUGAAGAGUGUAGAAAUUGUUGUGAAGAACUACUUCUCCGAGUCCGUACUUGUUACAGCCAACAGAUGUGUGUGCCUAUUGGUCCACCAGCUGCAGACAGAUGUGGUCCACAGUAGCUGUCUCCUAUCCUUCAUCCUCACCCAGACUGGACGGGCUGACCUGGUCAGCUACAAGUACAUCCACUCUCUGCUGACCACCAUACAGAAGGUGGUAGAGAUGUAUGGUAUCCAGCUGACUGUGACAUUCCUGUCACAACUCCUCGCGCCAGGCUCACUGCUGCAGCAGUGUCGGUUCUCACAGAGUGAGGAGGUUGUUGAGCAGCUGAUGGCUUUGUACCACGAUAUCAUGGCUCUGAAGAGUGUCCCAUUAUUGGAGGAGGCCUACAAGUUCAUUGUCGGUGACCUACAGCGUGCAUACAACUUGCUGUUAUUGGAGGCCAAGGAGAGAAAGAUGGUUGACCUUAUCCCUGACAACCCUUUCAAAUCCACCCAAUACACCAUUUUGCAUGCGCAGACUGUCUGUGUGUUCAACCUGUGUGCUUUGGCAGAGAUUGGCAACACCAAGAAUAACCUCAUAGCGAUGUGGGCACUGUCCCCCAGUAUAUUUGACCUGAUAGGCCGACAUUUCGACCCGUUGGAGUUGUCGGUGGCGGAGAGAUACCCUGCCAUACAGUAUGCCAUCCUCAAUGCUCUUUUCUCCCAUUGCACCAGGCACGGAAACUUCAUAUCAAGCAGCAGUUUGUUGACACAGAACUCGUAUAAGGAGGGCUCUGUACUGGCAAACGUCAGCCCAACAACCAGCAACAACUUCUCACGAAUCCUCAGACUGCUUACAGGCCUCCUCGCCAGCAACAGUACCUCCUACGAUAGUCGUUGUCUGUGCUUGAAGUGGAUCGGCGACAUCAUUUCCGGUCUCAACAGCAGCACUCAUAUCUUCUCCAUGGACAACUUUGUCGUCCUCAUCAGGGUCGUCAUACACCUGGGUCACAGCCAGGACCUUCAGGUCACCAUGUCAAUCUGUCAGUGUCUACAGAACGUCUUCAAGAUGAACAACAACCUCCCGUCCUCUGUAAUGCAGAGGAGCGUCAAGCUGAGUGUGUAUAAACUGACAGACAACAGAGCGGUGGUGAGGGAAGCCUUCUUCAAACUGCUCAAACUCCUCCCAGUCAACAUUACUACAAGACUGACCAGCCUGCUACACCUGUGUGACGAUAGUGACCAGGCGGUCAGUCUACAGGAGGGUGCUGAGGGGGUCACUGCGGCGUGGCUUGCCAAGAGAUGUCACAUGAAUAAGAUCCCCAGUGGGGGUUUCCACUCCCUCAACUUCAGACAUGUGAUGGCCUUUAUCCUCCACAACAAACAGCCAGUACAAUCUGGAAGCUGGAAUUGGCUGGAAGCAAUGUUCUACAGCUGUCAGUCAUCGACUCCGGACCCGCGGCAUUCCUCGGACUCCUUCAAUCUCAGAGACUUUGUGGAUGGUAAUGAGGGUAUGCUCUGGUUUUGGGCCACGUGGGAGGCUGCCCAGUACUGCAUACUAAAUCGCCUGAGAACACCACUCGGAAAACCUCAGGAAACUUUUACAUCUAUUGAAGGCGUGAUCAAAACAGUGGCCAUUGACAUGCUGAGCCACCUACAGGAGGACACAGACAAAUCAAAGGGAGACCAAAAGAAAGGAGAGAAGAACGGAGAUCUGGGGUGUCACCUCAGGGUCCAGCUCCUGCUGUCAUUCAUGGAACAGCUGGAGAAGUUACUCUACAAUGCCUACGAAGGAUGUGCAGCUGCGAUGCCAAUGGCACCCAAGGUUGUUAGGACAUUCUUCAGAACUAACAAAGCCACAUGUCUGGAGUGGUUGUCAAGGAUACGCUCCAACAUCAUCAAGAUAGCAUUGCAUGCUGGGAUGCCGGCCAUGGCUGUCAGACAGGCUCACGAGCUGCUGAGGGACAUGAAGGAAAACAACAACACACAGACGCCAGAGUUUGAGCAGACAUUGGUGUAUCUGGUACAAGCCCUGUGUGACCUGAAGCAGGCCGACGCUGUGAGUGGACUGUACACCUGGUGUAAGGACCUCACAAGCAAGAAGCUCAGUUUGAUCAAGGCUGCUGUGGAGAAGGCUUCAGGAAGAUAUGAGAGUGCGGCAGCCGAGUUCAAGUCGGUCCUGAAGACCAUGCUGACCACGGACGGCUCCGAGGAAUGGCGUGUGGACGAUGAGGGCGGUCGGGCGACCAGUGAGCUGGUGAUGCCUAAGAGAAUCACCGGUAUCCUCAGUAAACAGACAGCACAGGUACAACAGACUCAGCAUCAGCACGACUCCUCCGUACAUCUCAACAAACUCAACUUAGUUGUCAAUCAGGUUGUCGACUGUUACCAGCGACUGGGUGACUGGGAGUCCGUGCUCGAGUGGCAGGACCAGGUGGUGGAGUAUCGCCAGGACACAAAUCUUAGUGAUGUACAGUCAGCCUUUAAGACCGACGUCGACAUCAACUACAUCAAGGCCCUAUCGUCCUUCGAGCACGAAGACUACGUAGCUGUAAGAGAGAACCUGGAGCUUGUCCCGGGUGUGAGUGACAUCAGUAAGGCAGACAAGGCCCAUACUCCACAACUGUGGAGUCAGGCGCAGAAACUGGACCAGGUCCACAGAAACUUCAUCCAGGUGGCCUCACUCAUGAUGGAACAGUCCAGUGUCAAGGCGGAUAUGGUGCGCUGUCUCUCCCGCGGAGAGAAGCUUGCAGAAAACAUGCUUAGGAUUCAGUCGAUGGAGUGGCCACUCCUCGUGUCCCAGCAAUCCCUCACAGAGCUGGCGGCCAUUGUCACCCUCCGUCAACAGCUGGAGGACAAGAAAAACAAAGCUAUACUGUUGCCCCUGAACGAGACCCUGAAAUUUGAGGAGGGAGAACAUGAUGUCAGUACCUUUCUACAGAUACAGAGGCUGGUCUUGUUACAACAACAGCUCCCGAACCUCGACGAACAGAAUGGACUGAAGAACCAGUUGUUCCAGCUACGGCUGUCUACUGCUUCUCUUGCGCGGAAGCAGAGCAACUUCAACCUGGCAGAGGAACUGCUUCUUUGCCAGAUAGGCACAAUGUUGAAGGACACCACAGAAAAUGGCCGAGUGGUCAGCACAGACGCUCUCCUGCCAGCACUGACCAGACUCCAUACACCUGACCGAGCCUCAAGUCAGUUGGAUAUCCUUAAGGUGGAACGUGAGGGAGCUAAGCUCCUACACAGCAUCGGUCAAAACAAGGAUAGCAUUAACAUCCUGAGCAGUAGUGUGGUGGGGUACAUAUGUAGUGACCUCCAGGUGGACCUCAAAGAUAAAGUGACCCUAACUAGCUGUAGUGAGCUGUCGGCUCGGUCACUCCUCACACUGGUCAAGUGGUUACAGAUUGACUACAAGAUGCUGGUCAGUGUCGCUGGCCAGCUGAAAUUGACCGGUGCUUCAGAGGACAAAGUGAAGGACAGUAAUGUGUCAGCUCUGGUUCACAACCUAAAUUUGUUGUUAGAAACAGAGGAGCGUGGCGCAAAGAAAAAACUCGGCUUGGUUUUGGAGGACAGCGAUCAAGAGCUGAGGAUUGGAGACAAUCCCAUUCUGUCUGACAUUGACAGUGUGGUGGGUCGCAUCCUCCACCUGGGGACCAUGGAAUCAGCCACACUCAGUAAGGCCUGGUUCUCCCUGGCCAGCUGGUGCUACAAGUGGGGAAGAAAAGCUGUUGACAAUGCCAGUCAUGGGUCUGUAGAACUUCUAACAGAUGAAAAGGCUGAAGUGCUGUCACUCCUACCAAAGGGUACAAGUAAUGAAGAAACCGCCAAGGUGUUAAGUGUUCUUAGUCAGAUACACACACAGGUGUCUAACGAGGAGGACAUCGGAGAACAGGACCAGGACGUUUGUGACGAAGGGACGGAGACGACGAGGAAACAGCUACUGUCCUGCUGUCUGUCACUACAGAUAGCGUCCGACGAGUGUAUAGAGGCUCUACUGAACGUGUGGAGGGGAGUGGUUCACCGUGUCUACCACUACUACCAGCUGUCGGCCAAGGCCUACUUCACCUAUCUACAGCUCAAUGGAAUGACGGAGAAGAUUCAGGGUGACGAGGACGGUAAUGUGAUCGCGACUCUACGACUAUUGCGACUCCUGGUGAAGCAUGCGUGGGAGCUGAGGAAUGUCCUGGAGAGUGGUCUGGCUAGUACACACACCGCCCCCUGGAAAGGCAUCAUCCCUCAGCUGUUUUCACGUCUUAGUCAUCCCGAGUCGUACGUAAGACAGAGUAUCUCGGACUUGCUAUGUCGUGUGGCCCAGGAUGCACCCCACCUGAUCGUGUACCCGGCCGUAGUCGGCAGCUCGUCAACAGACAAGUUCACCAAGGAACAGAACAGGAACAACUUACUAAACAACUACCUGGCUGAGCAGCUGGAGGAGGGUGGGGAGGAGGAGCAACAGUCCCAGGAGGAGGAGGGGGAGGAAGAGGACCCCUCCACCACCAUGCUUCAGAACUGUCUCACCUCCAUUGUCGACACCCUCGCUGUCAACAACCCAAGGAUGAUCGGCGAAGUGAAACAGCUUGUGCAGGAGCUCCGACGUAUCACGCUCUUGUGGGACGAACUCUGGCUUGGCACGCUCAAUCAACAACAUCAGGACGUUUCCCGUAAGCUCAGCCAGCUUGAUGCUGAGGUGAAGAAGGUCAUGGCCAACAGCUCGCUGACCAAGGAUGAGAAACUGGCAAUCAUCAAGGAGAAGCACAGGACCAUCAUGAAGCCAACGCUGUAUACAAUGGAGAAACUACAGGAGAUUACCAGUGAAGUACCGGAAACUCCGCACGAGGAGUGGUUCCACGACACUUACGGUAAACUCAUUAACGCUGCCAUGGAGAAACUCAGGAACCCAACCAAUCCCAGCCACCCCAACAGUAGCUGGCAACACUUCAAACAGCUACAUUCAAGCUUGCAGCAGAGGGCUCAGAAACGCAGCAGCCUCAUUCUUAAGAUGGAGAAGAUCAGUCCAAAGCUGGCCUCCCUCAAAAACACGGUCAUCGCCAUGCCUGGUCUGGGUACCUCGGGACGACUUGUAACUGUAGAAUCAGUGUCCAACACCCUGCAGAUACUUCCCACCAAGACUAAGCCCAAGAAACUUGUCUUCAUAGGAUCUGAUGGCAAAAAAUACCCAUACCUGUUCAAAGGCCUAGAGGAUCUCCAUCUUGAUGAGAGGAUCAUGCAGUUUCUCAGUAUCGUCAACAACAUGUUUGCCAGUGCUUCAAAUGGCGACCAACAGUUGUAUAGAGCCCGUCACUACUCUGUGACUCCCCUCGGUCCGCGCUCCGGACUCAUUCAGUGGGUGGACGGAGCCUCACCACUUUUUGGCCUCUACAAACGCUGGCAACAGAGGGACGCCUUGGCUCAGGCCAACAAGUCUGGUAGUGUUAGCAGUUCGACCCAGGCCGCCCAACAACCUAGCAUUGCCCGGCCUAGCGACAUAUUCUACAACAAACUCACGCCUGCCCUUAGGGACAAGGGAGUGACCAACCUGGAAAACAGGAAGGAGUGGCCACUCUCCGUCCUUAGGACUGUUCUUCAGGAACUCAAGGAGGAGACUCCUGGAGACCUCCUGGCACGGGAACUGUGGUGCCACAGUACGGGCUCCAAUGAGUGGUGGCAUGUCACCCAAACCUACGCCCGCUCCACAGCCGUCAUGUCCAUGAUCGGGUACAUCAUCGGCCUGGGUGACCGACAUCUGGACAACGUGUUGGUCGACUUAGCCACUGGGGAGGUGGUACAUAUCGAUUACAAUGUGUGUUUUGAGAAGGGGAAAGGUCUACGAGUCCCUGAGAAAGUGCCCUUCAGAAUGACACAGAACAUAGAGAUGGCUCUCGGGGUCACCGGAAUCGAGGGAACAUUCCGUAUCGCCAGUGAACAUGUGAUGAAGACGAUGAGAAAGGGACGCGAGACACUCCUCACCCUACUGGAGGCAUUCGUCUACGAUCCUCUAGUCGACUGGACGACAGGAAACGAAGGGGGAUAUACAGGUGCUUUCUACGGUGGGGGAAUCUCAGCACUUAGCAAUGCCGGGGAAGGCCGACAGACCAAACACGAGAUGGAAAGGGAGAUAACCACGAGUAUGUUCGCUAUCAGAAUGGCCGAGAUGAAGGCUUCGUGGCAGAAAAACAGAGAUGAGAUGGUAGCAGCCCUUCCCAAACUACAACAACAGGUACAGGGAUGGCUGGGCAUUGCCCAGGCUUACUAUACCAAUCUGAGUAGUCUACAGAGCAUGAAGGAUUUAAAGGAGCUGCUGAGUGAAGCUCUCACCGACCUCAGUAGUACACUGUUCUCGCUCAAGGAUAGGUAUGACGAAUACAUGGUGGUGAAGACGACCAGGGACAGUGUUAACGAGGUGAUGAGGGAGAAGAUCGAGGAGUUCACACACUGGCAGGAGCUGCACAAGCAUGUCAUCCAGACCUUGCAGAGCCACUGCUUCCAGAAGAUGUGUGCUAAUGUCACUAACCCACCCGGAUUGGGUGCUCCAAGCUUCGCUGCCGCGACAGAAUUCCUCCAGGGGGCGGGUCAGAACCAGAUCGUUUUACAGUGUGAACAGCUGGAGACGGAGAUGACCGGCUACAUGCAGCUACAGAGAUCAAACCUCCACCACGCUAUCGACGUCCUCCACACCUACGCAACAAUCGUGUCACAGUUUGGAACAACCUUUUCUGAGCAGAACAGAACAUGUCAUUACCUGUGCUGGCUUCAGGAGUUGAAGUGUGACUUUGCAAGUGAAAGAUGUACAGAUAUUGUUAGCGAGUUCCACGACUUGUACGGAAACCCAGUCAUAUCACCCGCCAAGAUCCAGCUGAUCCUGAACACGGAGACCAAGCUUCAGGCCAUCAGCGCUGACAUCAACGUCCGCAUCGUCAAGCUGAUAGAGAGGCGGAGUACGGAGGCCACGGAGACCAGCGUACUGGAGCUCCAGAUCGAGGAGAACUCUAAGGCUCUCCAGUGUUUUGUACAGGAGAAUGGGUCCAGUGGAUGCUGUAGUCUUAUGGCAUGGAUCAUCGCCGCCCUGUGUACGCUCAAUAAACGCUACAACCAGAUGGAGGGCGCCGCCGCAGGUGCUGGGGACCGCCUGAUGGACCUUACGUCGCGCGACGGAGACUGGUUCCUGGACGAGCUGUGUAGCAUGAGCAGCAAUAUCAUGCAUUACAUCGACAUGCUCAAGAUUAACACCUUGGUCGGCAGUCUAGAACACUUCAAAUCACUCGACCAGGCACUGAUGUCCACACACAACGUUUACAUAGCUCUGCAGGAGCUCAACAUGAACUUCCGCACGAUCAUCCUUCCCGAAGCGCUGAAGGCGAUCCAAGGUGCGGAACCGAGUGUGUGCUCCGCACUGGAGGACAUGGAACGUAUGUUUGCCGAGGCCAGCCACCCCCUGGAGACAAUGGUCUCCCAGCUCGAGAUCCUACACAGGAACGCCAUCAUGGGGAUGGAGAAUGACAGCAUGGAAAUGAUGACAGCAGUGAAGAGAAUGCGACUCCAGUACAACGAUCUACUGGAGGGCCAAGACGUUGAUUCCAAGGAGCUAAGCCCUGGGCAGAUGCUACUGAUGGGCUUCAACGGUCUGUUUACCCGCCUGGAACACGAGUUCUCCGACCUGAUGGAGGCGAUGGACUAUCUUCAGGUCCCAGACGUCUGGCGCAAGGUCGACGCUGUCAGGGAGGGCAAGUCAAUGCAGCUGUCUUCCUUCACACGGAGUACGAGGGGGUACCUGUCCAGUCUCUUCUUCAUCAAACGACUUCAGGCCAUGAGGGAGUUCUUCCACAUGUGUACCCAGUUUGCCGUCAAUCUACAAGGAUUAGAGGGAGGUAACUGUUUUGAUGAUGAACAACUGUCCAAACCCAUCAAGAAGUUCAUCGCCGAGUAUGUCAGAAAACAGGUGAUCGGAUUCCCGUCCCAGAUCCUCGGCUACCUGGUGUGUGUAUUUGUGAAUGCCCUGGGCUUGAAUGUGACUGCAGAGAUCGACCUUAAGGACGUGGGCGCGGAGUCGAAAGUCCCGCUAGAAGACUUGAGGAAGAAAGCUGUGGACGUUUGUCUCCGAAAUGGUCAGUUCCAGCACCUCCACUUUACCCAGGCCAGCGCACUGACCAACACACUGGACACAUCCUGGAGAAGGCAUGACCUGGCCAGACGCCUGGAUUCCAACAUCGAGGUCAUGAAGGCAAGUCUACAGCGCGCCCACCUCCAGUUAACACGCCUACUCUGGCUGCACGAGGACGCAUUCUCACAGGGUGGUCGCCAUGUCAACACUCUCGCCAUUCCAAACCGCUCCACCGUCAUGUCUGAGAUGCGGAAGUGUAUGCAGUCGUUGGUGGGCCAGGAGACCGGCUUCAGCUCGUGCCAGGCGCGGUACGCCCAGCUGGAGGCCAGCAUCAUACAGAGGCUUAAGUGGGCCGCAGGAGCUAACCCCUCGCUCAACCUCAUCCUUCAACAGUUUGAGGAGGACAGCACCUACAGGAAACAGCUAUACGAGGAUGAGAGUAAACAGUGUACGGAGGUGGUCAGUUUGUGUCAGGGGAUACUUCACCUUGAGGCUCUACGUACCAGGACCCCCGAGGCUCUCACCUCCGACACCAAUUUCCUCAACCUCAUCAACAGGUGUAACGAGAGUUGUUUGAUAGCGGCGUCCACAGACAGUACGGUGACAGAGCUGGAGAUACUGCUGAUGAGCACCAAGCCCCCAAGUGAGGAGGAGAGGACAAACCACACCUGGUUACAGGAAUGUCAUGAAGAUAUCACUGAACAGAUCACCCUGCUCAAACAGGAAGUCGACACCUUGAAAAAAGAAAUGGAUAUCUCAAAGGAUAACAUCAAGAAGGAGUCGUUGUCGAUCCGCGGAAUUCUGAGUACUCACCACAAACUGAUGUCAGAAAUCAGAACCAUACUCAAGUCUAUGGCCAAGCAAGAGGAACAAGACAUGGGAGACUUGUCUGUGGCAGGGAGUGUACGCGAGUACUUGUCCGUCUACAAAAACUUCUCCGAGAAUUUCACCACAGCUCUGAAGAUCGUCAUCACAGAGGACGUACUGAAGGAGGGGAUGGCCGAGGCAGACUCCAUCAUCGACUCCCUCAUCACUCAGGUGUCUCAAAUUUACGACGAUCUUGUCAACCUAGCGCCGCCCUUGUUAUCCCUGGAGGAUAACCAGGAGUCUGCGGACUACAACUUCAUGUCAGUGGUGAAGAAAUCAGAACUGCGAGACAUGCCGAGUCCAUGUAGGAAGAGUAUUCAGGCACAGAGGGAUACGAGCAACACCCCUCCCUACAGCUCCCAGGCUGGGGCCCUCGCUAAGAUCACAGGGCCAGUUAGCACAAAGAAACCAGAGAAGUUGUCACGAGACCCGAGGACAGGCAAAGCCAUCCAAGAGAGAAACUCGUACGCAGUCAGUGUGUGGAGACGGGUCAAGAUGAAACUGGAUGGGCGCGACCCGGACAUUAACAAACGCUUGUCUGUGGCGGAACAGGUGGACUUCGUAAUCAAGGAAGCCACCAACCUGGACAACCUGUCAGUGUUGUACGAGGGAUGGACACCCUGGGUGUGAACAACGACCUAUGGAAGUAUACUCCAGGCCAAAGUCAAAGUCGCUACAGGCAACAAAUCCUCGCAGACCCUUCAUUGGUCCCAUCUCUACAAGCCGUGCAGUCGCAGACUUGCGGUUUGAAAUGAGUGGAGAGGAUGUCUGGAAAGGCGAAAGCCCAGCUGUACAUCCAAGCGGAUUGUCAAGCGUGACCAUCACAUAGAAAGCUCAACAAAUAUAUGCUCCCGGGCCCUGCCGGAGGGCCCUGUAUACGAGAGCGAGUUUUGCUUUUCUGUGGAGAUAGCUCUGAUCGAUAAAAACCAUAAUAGCUAACGGCACUCGAAUCUGUCGCAUGAGGAAAAAAGGAUGUCACCACUAAUAGUAUUACAGAAAGUCUUGGAGAAGGUUUAACUAAAGAGAAAAGGUAAGAGACUCUCUGGUGACUCGUUUUGCACUUAGAUAGCAAGAUGAAUUACCAGUAAUAAUUAAUGGAGGAAAUGUUACGGAAGGUUGUGCGAGCAGACGACAGACAGAAAAGUUAACUGACAAGAUCAGACAUCAACGCUAAACUUUUUUUCCAGGAAAAAAGUUUUGUUGCUUAAAGAAGACGCAAGAAACAUUAGAAUAUUUCCAUGUGCUAAAACGUGUGUUACUCCAAAGGACGGUUUUACUGCGAUGGGGGCGGUAGAUGUUGAGAGAUCUGCCGGGAUGAGUCGAGAGGAAAAUCCUGACACUGGAUGAUAUAGCUCAGGAUUUGGAAGUGCACAAAAUAGAGAGAGAAAAAAAACUAUUGUUGUAAAUAUGGACAAGAAAUUGUCGACCAUGUACCUAUGUUUAAGCCAUAGAGAGACGUCCCCGACAAUCCAUACUGUAGGAAAGCUCGUGAGCCAAGCGGAAGCAAGACUAGAUUUGUUUAGUGUGCUGGUGAGCCGUGGCUUUGAAUACUCUAUGGUUUGUAGGGAGUUGUCUACUUAUGUACUUUUGUAUUGUCUAAUGUAAAAAAAAAAAUGAUGUAAAAUUUGGCUUUUAUUGUUUUCAACAUUAUGUGUGAACAAUUAUUUUUUG